ACCUCAUGUCCUGCUCCAGAUCCGUCAGAGCCCAGGAGACACUGUCGCACCCAGCUCACGGGGACAGCGGCAAUGCGUCAGGACAUGGAGGUGUGGAAGCAGGUGUUCCAGGAAUUAAUCCGGGAGGUGAAACCAUGGCACACAUGGAAACUGACACUAGACAAAAGCCUUCUUCCUAACAUCCUGAAGCCAGGGUGGACACAAUACCAGCAGUGGACCUUCGCCAGGUUCCAGUGCUCCUCAUGCUCUCGAAAUUGGGCCUCUGCCCAAGUUCAGGUCCUUUUCCACAUGCACUGGAGUGAGGGGGAAUCCAGGGGCCAGGUGAAGAUGAGGGUCUUUGCCCAGAGAUGUCAGAAGUGCUCCCAGCCUUCGUUUGAGGUUCCCGAGUUCACAGAAGAGAACAUCUCAAGGAUCCUGAACAACCUGGUGUUGCGAAUUCUGAAGAAAUGCUAUAGAGAAGGAUUUACGUUGGUGGAGAUUCCUGUGAUCAAGGAAAUCUCUCUUGAAGGGCCACAUGACAGUGACAAUUGCGAGGCAUGUCUGCAGGGCUUUUGUGUGCAGAGUGAGUCAGGUCUGGCCAUGUGGUCACCAACAUCCCCAUUACCUCCCACAAUAAGCUCACCCAUCCUCGGGAACACCAUCGAAAUACCUUCUCCCACGAGGAGUAGCACCGGAGGGGAUACAGUGAAGAAAAAGAAGGUAUUACCCAGACAGUCGUUUCCUGAGACCACACCAGCUGAGAGCCUCCCCACUUCCUGGAGCCCGAGAGCAAACAUCAACUUUCAGGCAGAGAGAAGAGACCAGAACUCCUUCAACAAUUGCACUUUCUAUUCCCACACAGCCCAGCAUACCAGGAUCUUAGGCAUGAGCUGCAGCUUUCUCAUCCUAAUAAUCAUCAUUGUAAUUGUGGUGAAAACCACUAUCUGAGCCUGGAAAGCAUGAUGUUGAGUUAAAAAAAUCAGACACACAGUCAUCUAUUGUAUAACCCCAUUGACGUAAAAUAUUCAGAAUAGGUAAAUCUAGAGACGGCAAGUGGAUUUGUGGCUGCCAAACAAGGGACUGGGGGAGAGGGGAAAUGGAGAGCAACUAUUUAAUCUGUACGGGUUUUUUGGGGGGGGUGAUGAAAAUAUUUUAGAGGUGAUGGUUGCACAACACUGUGAAUGCACCAAAUGCCAUUUAUUUGUUCAUUUUAAAAUGGUUAAUUUAAUGUAAAUUUCACCUCAAUUUAAAAAAAAAAGAACGCUGCAAUUUCAUUCAUUCUCUAGAGAACUGAGACUGAGGCGUUUAUGGCUCACAGAACGGUUUGGAAAUCUCAUGAAACCCGGGGGCCCUCUCCCCAGACGAUUUUGCACAGACCUUCUGAUGUCAAUCUGUGGAGGUGUUUGCCGUCCAAAGCAUUAGUCUGAAAAGCCGGGUUCUAGAGCAGUGGUCUCCACCGAGAAGCUACACGCAGCUGAGGGCUGAGGCAGGACCAUCCGCCAAGGUGGGGAGAUAUCCUUACAACUCCAUUUAAUUUUUGUUUGUACUUAACUAUUUCUUGUCACAUGUUUUAUCAUGUAUGUUAAUAUACUAGUAGAAUGGUAUAGUGAUAUGAUAAAUAA